ACAAGGCAAAAACAGGAAGCGUUAAACUUCAUAUGCUACAUUUUACAGUUAUCAACAACUUUUACGCUAGUGGAUCUAAAUUUUCCCGUGUAACUUCUAUCUAGUUAAUUUCCGGCAGUCCAUGGAUUGUGAAGCUAUAACCAGAUUUUAAACCACCUGCCGCACUACGCGCAUGUAAUCUACGAUUUCAACAAGGAAAUGCCGAAGGUUACACGCCACACUGUAGAAGUUGCAUGUUUUCUGCUAAACAUGAUAGGAAUUAGACAUUCACGGCGGAAGCUCAUGGCUGCUUAGGACCGCAGUGACCGUCAUGGGUCUGCUUUAAAUGAUGCUUUAGAAAGCGGACUGCCGAGCAUUAGCUGUUGAAAUUGAACGACUGAAGAGAAAUGGAUGAUGUGAUCAGUCUGAGCUCAGACGACUCCGAUGUGGAGAUCGUCGGAUCCUACUGCACAUUCAUCGCCAAUCCUGACCCGAUGCCGCUCUCCGCAGUGCGGGUGGAAGUUGAUGCCAUGAAGUUCGACCUCCCACCGAAUUAUAUUGACCUCACAGAUCCAAGAUGGACUCUUCCAGAGCUACGCAGAAGGCAAACUGGCAGUGGCACAACAGUAGUAGACUUGACUGAUGCAAAUGAAGCACAGCUGGAGACUGAGAAUUUGCCACCAGAUAACUGUCAAUCGAAAAACAUAAAUACAAAUUUAAAUCACAUCUCACAAAGUCAAGAUGUGAACUUGCAAAAAACCCCUUUGACAGACUCCAGCGUUUGUGCUCCACAGCAGGACUGUAGUGACCCAAAGCCAAAGCAGAGACGUUUAAGUCCUCAAACACUUCAAACACAACACCCAAAAGAGGACUCUAAAGCACCCCCCUGCCAUAACGCACCAGCUGUAAAGUUGAAACGAUUGCCUUUUCUUGAAACGCAUGUUGCAGAAUUGAAAACCUCAAAGCUUUCUGUCUUUGUGACCAAAGAUUGCACAGAAAUGUCUCUGAACAGUCAUAGUGAAGCACCUAAUUUUAAUAGUAAUUUAAGUGGAGCUACUGCUUCAAAUGUUUCUGACAUAGAGCCUUUGUUUGAUGAGCCUCCUCCUAUGGAUGAACAAGAAAACAGCGGUGAGGAAUUUACAAGAACGCAGGUACAACAUGAAGAACCGCAGCACCUACACAGCCCCGCUGACUCUCCUUGCUCAGUGGGGGAAAAUUCUUCUGCAAACUUAAUAGAGGACAACAUUCAUGACAAUGAGAGGGAUGGGGUUUGUUCAAUUACACUCAUUCCAUCCACAGCUUUGGCUUCUUCAUCUCAGGACAAAGCACAAAUGGAACCCCCCUACUCUGACUUGAAUCAGCUGGAAUUAGACAAACCAGAAUCAAGACAAUGCAGUAUCUCUGAUAACUCAUCUCCCCCCUCUCCUACUGAUAUACUAAACUCUUCAGAGCCUUCUGAGCCCGAACGUCUUGCCAAUACAAGUCCUGAAUCUCAUAGUCUUAGGAGCCCUGUCGAGCCAUCGCCCACCUCUGAAUUAGCUGAAGAUAUGCCUGAAUGGCAGUUGGAGACUGAGACAUACAAGGGGGAUCUGGGACUUGACAGUCCAGGAUCUUUCCCUUGGCAAGAUGGAAGUGAUGGGGAAGACAUGACUGAAGAGGGCAUGGACUUCAGGGCAGUCAGUAGAGAGGACAGACAUUUUGUGUGCCCAGUUACGCUCAAGAAGUUACUAGCUGGAACAACUCGAAAAGCAAUGAUUGAAGAGGAUGAUGAAGAUUUUGGAAGUCCAGAGGUGCUAUGCCGUCAGAGCCUGAGUCUGGUUUACAGUACGAUUGAUGAGAACUACCCAGAGGGCACUUUGCAGCUAUUGUCUGACUUACUACAGCCUGGUUACUAUCCCCCCAGAGAUAUCACUUCCCACCUACUGCGUGGCAUUCUGCUUGACCAGCAGUCUCCUCAUCACCUCUGUGUGCAAGCCUUUAAACUGCUGAUGAGGUCACAAAGGCACCACAUGGCUGAUAAAAACACAGUUCCAUGGGAUUGGGAGUUACUGACCUCAAUCAUGACCAAUCAGGAGCACGCACAUCAGUGUGACGUUGUGCGCAUGCUCCUGGAGUACGUUGUGCAGACUUUGGAGGACGACUUCCGGGCCAAACGUUCUACUUCUUCCCUGCACCACUCAAUUGCAAAGGCAGUGUUGUCGUGUGAUCAGCAGUUUCCCCGGGUUAGAGAAGUCAUCAAGUGGCUGUUUUCUGCCAUUAUGAAAUCAACAGAGCAUGGAGAGAAUAGAGAAACGACCAGAGAGAGAGAGCAGAUGAGAAUGGUGUCCAGCUUGCAAAGGAUGCUUUCUCUGGCUCUGGAGGUGGACUGUUCUCCUGCUCUAACCUCUGCCAAGCUUUCCCAAGAGCUCUUCCAUAUGCUUAUCAGCAAUGUGUCCAUCCGAGCACACAGGAUGUUAUUGUUGGAGAGCCUACAGAGCAAGCUGCUGAGAUGUAAGCUGUUGGAACAUCUGUUGGACUAUGCAUGCCCAGUGAAAGUCUCACUGCCCAUGUCGCUCAGUCUGCUGCUUCACUUUCUGAAGAACUGCACUCUGGCACCAGACCCUAUGGAUGGCACUGAAAGAUGGCUCAAGUGGGAGGAGUUGGUUCAUCUCCUCUGGAUGUUGCUGCUCAGCUAUAACAAGGCAAUGAAAGGCUAUCUCUGCAACUCAUUGGCAGAACCAAGAGGCAGAGUUGGCAUGUCGGUGUAUAAACCUGAUGAUAUGGUAUCACGGCCUGCCGUUCGUGAAGCUGUCGAGGCCUUUCUGUCCAGAUCUCAGGCUGACCUCGGCCAAGCCUUACCUCUCCAUGUGGAAGAGUCCUUAACUUAUCUACAGGAUCAUCUUCUAGAUGUCUGUCAGUGUUGAAUUAAAAAAAGUCUGUUUUUUUCAUGUUAAUAAACAAUGUGAUGAAAAAAAAAAAAAAA